AUGCAACCAACAUGGGUUAGAAAUACAACAUCAGGUCCACUAAAGCUUCCUGUGAUAGGAAGAGGUUCAAGUGUGGGUGACACUGGCAGUACAACAGUGGGUGUUAAUGACAUAGACAAAGGUAGAGGUGCAACUUUUGGUGCUGGUGGCAGUGUAGCUAUGGGUACUGGUGAUAAAGACAGAAGUGCAGUUGUGAAAGGCAAAAGUGCAGUGGGUGGAGGUGGUAAAGGCAAAGGUGCAACUUUGGGUGUUGGUGGCAGUGCAACUGUGGGUACUAGUGGUAGAGGCAACAUUGCAGUUGUGAAAGGCAAAAGUGUAGUAGGUGGAGGUGAUAGAGGCAAAGGUGCAACUUUGGGUGUUGGUGGCAGUACAAUUGUAGGUAUUGGUGGUAGAGGCGGUAGUAUAGCCGUGAAAGGAAAAAGUGUAGUGGGUGGAGGUGGUAGAGGCAAAGAUGCAACUUUAGGUGCUCGUGGCAAUGUAGUUGUGGGUACUAGUGGUAGAGGCAGCAGUGCAACUAUGAAAGGCAAAAGUGCAGUGGGUGGAAGUGGCAGAGGCAAAGAUGCAGCUUUGGGUGUUGGUGCUCCAACCAUUUCAAGUCUUCUCCAAAAGAUAAGACACAAAAAGAAGGGAAACAAACAAGG